AUGAAAUCACACUUGAUUAUUGUACCAUGCCAUUCAAUAUGGAAUCCCUUCAUAGAGCAACUUAAUAAUUAUGGACAAGAUUCGGCACACUGGUAUUUAGCGCCAUUUCAAUUUGAAGGUAACGAUCACCUAGCGUUUAUAAAGCAUGGACUCAAAGCUAUUGAAAUACUCAUUGAAGACUUACAAAAUUCUCUUGUCAUACUUAGUGGGGGUCAGACUAAAGCUGCUGCUGGCCCAAUUUCUGAAGCUCAAAGUUAUUAUUAUUUGAUGUCGAAAUUGCUACAUACUUACGAGGACAAUAACAAGAGGGACGCACUAAACUUUGAUGAUGAAACUGUUUCAAUACUGAACAAGAUCUCUACUUUAAUGAGGGAUAGAAAUAUCACUUUAAAUAACUUAUUCAGUCCACAAAAUAUUACUACUGAAGAGUUUUCUUUAGACUCAUUUGAUAAUUUAGUAUUUUCCAUAGAUAGAUUCCACUCUGUGAUUGACAAUUACCCCAGGGAAAUUAGCAUUGUGGGUUUUGGUUUCAAAAGCAAAAGAUUCAUAUUUCAUCAUGCACGGGCAAUUGAUUUUCCACCAAAUAAAAUCAACUACAUUGCAAUUGAGCCACAACCAUCUUAUGAUUCGACAGACAAAUUGAAAGCUUACUAUGAAGAAUUGAAUGUGUUAGAAAACAAAAAUGCAUUAAGUUUAUUUGCAAAUGAUUGGUAUGCAAUUAAAAGUCCCUUGAUUGAUAAGAAACGUAGCAGAAAUCCGUUUAAGAGAUCUUCUGUAAAAACAGUCCCAAGUUUAUUAAGAUUGGACAAAUUCAAUGGUGAUGAAGAAUCACACUAUAAUGCGUAUAUAAAAGGCAGAAUGCCAUGGUCUAUUAAAUGA